AUUGUGCACGUUCAGCUAAUGAUCUAUUGCAAUAUACUUCAUCACAUGAUGUAAUAAUGGCCGUUCCUCACAAUUUAGGGGCCAUAUUUGAAUAUAAUCUUACAAGUAGAAUAAUUUUUCAAUGAAUUCCGCAAUGAUGUGUCCUUGCUGAAAUUUCUAGCACACAAAACACAAUGCUCUCAAUUGCUAUAAAAACUAAUUUAUCAAGUCUUUUAUCGUACGAGGAGGUCUGAGCAGAUUCGAUUUCGGCGGCAAGAUUUUCCGUCAAAGAACAAAAGCGGAGUCCGAUUCUAGCCUGAGGUGUUUCGCUGGUGGGUUAGGAGGCAGUAGGGGCUGUAUGGAGCGCAUGGUUAACCGAUACAAGAAGAUAUUAUUGAAGAGGAUGCCGAGGUGUUGAAUCAGGAUGAAGCUGAGCUCAAAGAUAUUCCGAUUGAGGUGACUCGACCCAGGCAAGGAGAGGAAGAUGCUUCAGGGAGUGUUUGCAACUGCUAAAAAAAAGCACUUCUCAGCUUUUGGCUUUAAAAAGCACUUAUUUACCAAACACUACCAAUUUUUACUUUUUCUCGGCUUGCGUGUGAAAAGUACUUUUCCCUUUUCUAUUACACAAAAAACACUUAUUUUACCAAACACUACCAACUUUUACUUUUCAAAAUCACUUUUUUCUCAAACACUAUCAACUUUUACUACCAAUCACUUUUUCCAAACUUCUCCAAAAGUGCUUUUUUUUAAGCAGAAGCAGUUGCAAACACUCCCUCAGUACUUUUGGACCAUCCCCCUCCAGAACUGCCGCCAUGGAGUGCUAGAGAGUUUAGGAUUUGGAAACAAUAUUUUAAUUUUACGAUUUGCUAGCUUUUUAUUUUUCAUGAUCAGACUGUUUAUUUUUCUGUUGAUUACUUUGACUAUUGCAAGACUCUUGUAUUAGAAUUGGAUGAUGGGAGAUCUUCUUUAACCGUCGUUGGCUCAUUUAUGCCCA